UCCACGACAUGAGCUGGACUCAGAAGCCCCUGCUAUUUACUAGAAAAAGUCCUGACCCAAGGUGGAUCCUGCUCCUUAUUGUAAUAGAAAACCUGGCACUUGUCAUAUCACAGCAGGACACGGCUCAGACAUCCAACAGCUUGGAAGUAGGUGCAGACGUGACUACAUUCUGGUGGGGCGAAUGGACAAAGUGGACGGCUUGCACAAGAACGUGCGGAGGAGGUGUGAAGUCACAGGAGAGACACUGCCUACGACAGAGAAGAAAAGCACCUAAUGGACUGGGAAAUAAAACUUGUACUGGGACAUCAAAAAGAUACCAGCUUUGCAAAGUUCAGGAUUGCCCAUCCAAUGGCAGAAGUUUCCGUGAGGAGCAGUGCACAUCAUUUAACUCUCACGUGUACAACGGAAAAACGUAUCAGUGGAAACCACUUUACCCCGAUGACUAUGUACAUAUCUCCAGCAAACCGUGUGAUCUCCAGUGCACCACAGUUGAUGGCCAGAGACAGCUUAUGGUUCAAGCUCGGGACGGGACGUCUUGCAAGUACAGUGACUACCGAGGGGUUUGCGUGUCUGGAAAAUGUGAGCCAAUUGGAUGUGACGGAGUCCUGUUCUCCACCCACACCCUGGACAAAUGUGGUGUCUGCCAAGGAGACGGGAGCAGCUGCAUACACGUCACUGGGAAUUACAGAAAGGGAGCUUCCCAUCUUGGUUACUCUUUAAUAACCUUCAUUCCUGUGGGUGCAAGAGACAUUCAGAUAGUGGAGCGCAAGAAGUCUGCAGAUGUCCUGGCUGUUGCAGAUGAAAUGGGAAACUUCUAUUUCAAUGGUAAUUUCAAGGUAGACAGCCCAAAAAACUUCAAUAUUGCGGGAACUGUGUUUAAAUACAGAAGACCCAUGGAUGUCUAUGAAACUGGCAUUGAAUAUAUAGUGGCUCAAGGUCCGACCAACCAAGGUCUCAACAUUAUGGUAUGGAACCAAAAUGGCAAGAAUCCGUCAAUUACUUUCCAGUACACUUUAUUGCGUAGGCCACACUCCCGUCUCGUCCAGCCCAUCUUCUAUACGUUUUCAGACUCAGAGAGCGGGGAGAGUAAGGAGUCUGAGGACGGGGCAUUGGAUUUCACUGCCAGAAACUCCAGCUAUCACAGAGGACGUGGAGAGUCUCCCAGCUUCAGUAGGGAUAGGUCAAACAAGAGACCCACUCCAGUGAACCAGCCUGAGACAAAUGAGAUCUACGGUGGAGGCGAGAAGAUGGACUGUGACUGUGAGAAAAAGCCCAACGCCAAGCACGUAAAGGAUCCAAGCACAAACAGGACUAGAUAUGUGUCUGAUACUGGAGAAUUAGACGCAACAUCUAAGCUCAACUCAAAGGAAUUUACCUCAAGUAAUGCUAUUAUCAACCAGCUGUCCAGCAAAAUUUCAGACUCCAGGGAACCAUUUUUAAACAUAACGCGAGGUGUCCUCUUCUCCCAGGGAGAACCGCUCAACUCUGUUGAAAAUAACCUGGACACACUAUAUGUAGACUAUGAUGACAUUGAUGAGACUGCACCGCUCAAUCUCAAUGUCACCUUCUUGGAGUUGAGUAGUGACCGGACAACCAAUACCUCAGCAGAAACUCAUCUCAACAACACAAACAUUUCAACAAACAACUCAUCGUCAAACAGAACCCAAAAAGUGAGGCUGAAGUUGCUCAGAAAGGUGCAAGGGAUGAGCGCGGCAGAUAUGUACAGAUGGAAACUCUCUUCCCAUGAACCCUGCAGCGCCACGUGUACAACGGGGGUGAUGUCGACCUAUGCAAUGUGCAUACGAUAUGAUGGAGUGGAAGUGGAUGAGUCACACUGCGAUGCUAUAACGCGCCCUGAGCCCGUACACGAGUUCUGUGCAGGCCGAGAGUGUCAGCCAAGGUGGGAGACCAGCAGCUGGAGCGAGUGCUCACGCACCUGCGGGGAAGGGUACCAGUUUCGUAUUGUCAGAUGCUGGAAGAUGAUCUCUCCGGGGUUUGAUAGCUCCGUGUACAGUGAACUGUGCACAACGGCUGAAAUCACUAGGCCUGAUGAGAAAAAGAUCUGCCGGAACCCUGCGUGUGGGCCUCAGUGGGAAAUGUCUGAGUGGUCAGAAUGUACAGCAAAAUGUGGAGAGUGGAGCAUUGUCACCAGGGAUGUGCGCUGCUCAGAAGACGAGAAGCUAUGUGAUAUAAACACCAAGCCACCUUCAGAGAAGAACUGCACAGGUCCCCCCUGUGACCGUCAGUGGACAGUAUCUGACUGGGGGCCGUGCAGUGGUAGCUGUGGGCAAGGCAAGAUAAUCAGACAUGUUUACUGCAAGACGAGUGAUGGACGGGUAGUGCCAGAGUCUCAAUGCAUCCUUGAGACAAAACCCCUUGCUAUCCAUCCUUGUGGUGAGAAGAAUUGUCCAGCGAGCUGGCUGAGCCAGGACUGGGAAAGGUGUAACACAACUUGUGGUCGGGGAUCAAAGCAGAGGGUCAUCCUGUGCAUGGAAGUAGCAAACGGAAAAGUCAAAACUCGGAGCCCCUCUGACUGUGACAUUGCCAAGAAACCUGCUGAGGAGAGCACAUGUUUUGAAAGGCCGUGCUUUAAGUGGUACACCACCCCCUGGUCUGAGUGUAGCAAGACCUGUGGCGUGGGAGUUAGGAUGCGUGAUGUGAAGUGUUACCAGGGAAUGGAUAUUGUGCGUGGGUGCGACCCAUUGAUCAAACCAGUGGGGAAGCAAACCUGUGACUUACAGCCCUGUCCCACUGAUCCCCCAGUUUCCACACGAAAGGCUUGUGUGGGAUGUUUGGCCAUUCCACCUCGCAUUGCACAGGUGCAUGGUCAGACCAUGUAA